UGUUUUAGUGCUAUAGUUUUCUUUAUAACAUAUAAACGUUAAUUUACUUUGAAGUUUUUAAAACAAAUAUAGUUAUAAAAGGACUUUAGCUUCCGAAAGCACUAAGUAAAAUGACGACAUUGUCUUAUGAGAGGAAACAAGUACAAUUAUUAAUCAUUCAGAGGCUUAUUGACAAAAAAAACCAGGGUCAGUCUUUAAGUAAGGAUGAUAUAAAUUAUUUUGUGAACUGUGCAACAGAACUUGAAACAUGUAGUGAUCAGAGUCCUGAUAAUGCUACCGAGUUAUCAGAAGAGGAAUAUAUAAUAGGUGACAUGUUAAAGGCGAUCUAUGACAAAACGCUUAACGAGGAAGAAACUAAUCACCUCACAACAGCAAUGAUUAAUUCUGGGAUAAUUCUGGGAGAACAAUGGCCUAAAGAUUGGAUACGUGUCGACAAACAUAGUACAGGUGGUGUAGGUGACAAGGUCAGCUUAGUUCUUGCGCCUGUACUUGCAGCGUGUGGGUUGAAGGUACCAAUGAUAUCAGGUACAGGCCUUGAACACACAGGUGGUACAUUGGACAAACUUGGGUCUAUCAAAGACUUCAAAGUUAUACAGGAAGAAGAAGACAUGUUUCAAAUAUUGGACAGAGUUGGAUGUUGUAUUGUUAGUCAAACAAGUAAGCUUGUACCUGCUGAUAGAAUAUUGUACCGCUUACGAAACGAAACUAAAACAGUAAAUGAGCAUGGAUUGAUAACGGGAUCAAUCAUUUCAAAAAAAGCUGCUGAGAAACUUCAUGCAUUGGUUCUGGAUGUCAAGUUUGGAAAAGGGGCUUUCUGCCAAACAAUGGACAUUGCAAAGGCUCUAUCUGAAAAAAUGGUCAAAGCUGGAAACACUUAUGGUGUCAAAACAGUUGCCUUAAUUACUGACAUGAACUCUCCUCUCGGUUACGCGAUUGGGAACGCUCUUGAGGUGGCUGAAUCAAUCAAAUGCCUCCAAGGAGAGGGGCCAGAAGAUCUAAUCGAAUUAGUUAAAUAUUUAGGCGGUCAACUGUUGGUUAAAGUUGAAAAGGCUCCAACAUUAGGUGAAGCAUAUGACAUGAUCGAAGCUACAUUAAAGAAUAGAAAAGCCAUUGGAAAAUUUGAACUCAUGCUUCAGGAACAGGGCGUAAAUAAAAACUAUGCCGAAGACCUCUGUAAAAAAGGGACUGACAUUUUCACUAUAUUACCUAAAUCCAAACGAAAUAAAGAACUCAAAGCUGAAACUGCAGGGUAUGUACAUGGAAUUGAUGCAAUGAAAUGCGGACUGUUGUCCGCAAGAUUAGGAGCCAAUCGGAUUAAACGUGGCGACAUUAUAAACCCUGCUGUUGGACUCGUUCUGAAAACACACAUUGGGAAGGAAAUUUCUAAAGGCUCAACAUGGGUGGACAUUCGCUACGAUAACGAGUUGCCUGAUAAUUUUAUUCAAGAACUCCAAAGUGCCAUUGAGAUCCGGCCAAAAGAAAUUAAAAGACAAAGCAGGUUGGCGUACAUUGUGGAGAAAAUACCAACUGACGACAUCGUGAAAAUCACGUGCAAUUAAACAAUUUGGUUUACGUUUUUUAUCAGUAAUUUCUGAUGGGGAUUUAGAGUUUUUGAUUUGUUUGAUUGUAAAAUAUGAUUGGUAUUGGUAUUCAAGCAAUAGCUAAAAUUUGAUUGAAAAAAAUAGUUGCAUUAUCUUUAAAUUUUCAACCUAUUACCGAUUGAGAUUAUGAAUUAUAUUGUGUUUUAAACAAGAAAGGUGAAGUCGCAUUUACCGCUUGAGUCAGUAAAUUUAAAAAAAAAGAUGAAGUACAAUGUGUGUCAUGCAACCAUCAGUAAUACAGCUUAAACAGUAAUGUGAUGUAUGAUGAAUUCAAUGCUAUAAGGACCAGGAAAAAUGACAGAUCAGAGUAAAUUAAUGCAUGUAACUUGUUUUUUUUUUGUUUUUACAGACGAUUUGAACUGUUUUACGUCGUAACCUUUUUACAAGUAGAACUUUCGCACGUUUUUAACAUUACGUAUAUAUAAUUAAUUAUAGAUUUAAACAAAACAAUUUUUAAGGGUGAAAAAAUAAAUACUUGUUCAAAUAUCGACAAAAUGGGGCAUCUUUGUGUAAAAUUAUAGUACUUUACAUUAUUAUUUGACGGAUACGUAGAUGUUUUAUAGAUUAUAUGAGAAUAAAAAUGCAUUUCUGUUGGAUAAGAUUCAGGGGACUACAGGAGACCUCUUAUUACUUAAAAGGAUGACAAGCGAAUUUCUAUUCAUGAAGUAUUGGUCAAUUACUAUUAAAAUAGUCAACAUGUUGAAAAUAUAUUUAUAUUGGUUUCGUUGUAGAAGAUACAAACACAAUAAUGAUUUUUUACAUAUUAAACCUUAUGACGUGACUUUUGUAAUGUAUAGAAAUAACUGGGUAAUGAUGAAAUAACUUCGAAAAUACAUUCAUUUAUGAGAAUUAACAUGAUUCUGUAAAUUCUGUAACUCUGUAAUCAAGCCAUAUUAUUGUGAGUGUGAGUUUUUAUUUUAUUUUAUUUAUCUUUUUCUUGUGUCUGUUUUCCUUUCUUUCUUCAUUUAUACAAGACUGUGGCUUUUUAGGUAAAUACUUGUUUGCUUUCCUUUAACUUUAUUCCAUAUUUCUCAGUUAAUUGAAAAGAGAAGUCUGAAAUAUACAGUAGAAAUUUAAUGCGAUAUAGCAUUAAAUCUUUAUAGAACUUUUCUUCUAAAAUGCUGACAAAAGAAAUAUAUGCCAUAAGAACUUACUUGUUGAUAAACUGAACAUUAUGAUAUUUUUGCUUAAAAUAUUUAAUGUUGAUUUCUAUUUUGCUGAUAAAAAUGAUAAAAAAACAUAAUAAUUCAAUAUAGACUGAUGUGCUAGAGUGUAUAUAAAACUAGGGACAUCUUUUUCUUGAAACAACAUACAUGUAUAUUCAAGGGUAAUAAUGAAAGCAAAAAUUAUGGAAUUAUUGAACAACUUCAAAUAGUAUUUUAUUAACACAUAUCUGCAUUUAUUCAAUUUUCAAUAAUGGUUGUAAUUAGUCGUGUUUAAACCAGUGUGUGUAAUAAAAUUAGUAUCUAAA